AUGGCAUCCUCACAGGAUUUAUCUCCUCACUUGUGGAACCAGCUCCCUCUAGAGCUCAAACGCGAAAUCCUAAUACUACUCGCAGAAACGAGUAGCAACAAAGCUCGGCAGCUGCGAUUGGUCUCCAGCGACGUUAACAUCCUCGUUCUCCCGGUCCUCUUUCGGGAUGUCGUCAUGACCAUGCCGGACCAUGUUACUCGAUUCACGAGCAUCCUUCUGCCCAAGCGCAAGAACUACGUGCCAGCGCUGAAGUCAAAGCUUCACAUUAUGCCACGGAUGCUCUCAACAUACAAGGUCGACACGUGGGUAUUCGUGGUCAACGAUCGGCGGCCUUCGAUCGAAACGGCGCUCGCGAAUGUGGGGCCCGUUUUUACCAGCAUAUCGAAGCUCGCCAUUACGAGCCAGAAUCUCGCCGCGAACGCUUUCUGGCUUAGGCUGCACCCCAUCCGCCCCAAGACGAUGCUGAUCGUCCACUACGGUAGCCCCCACCUCGUCAACUUCUACGACCCCAUUUUCCAAUCCGUUACGCACCUCUACACGUGCAUCACGCACGGCCACCGAUAUUCCACCGUCGCCGACCUCCCCUCUCUCACAGACCUCGCGGUCAGUACUCGCGCGGAGCUCCCAGAGACGACUGCGCUCAACCUUGUCGCGUCUCUCAAGGAGGUUCUGAAGAAGUCGAAGAACCUGCAAUCACUUGUAUUCGUCGUCAACGUUGGCUUGCUUAGCGAGGAUUACGUUUCCUGGAAGAAGUGGUUGGAGCCUUGCUCGCAGGACGACCGCUUCACCUUCCUCACGUGGUCUCAGCCUCCUCGAAGAGAGUGGUAUUGCAUCACCCACGGGCUACCCACAGUCUGGGAUCAGGUCCAGGCGAAGAAGCGAAGGACAGCGAGUCUCGAACCCAGCAAGUUUGUCUUUCAGAAGUGGAUGGACAAGGAGCGGGAGGUUGAGGAUCUGAUGGACUCGUACCGGGAGCGCGAGUGGGAGAUCGAUCUCGUCCAACGCGACGAUUACCACCACCCCCAAGCUGACGACCCCGACCUGCGGAUUCCAACGGGAUUGCGGAUUCCAACGGGAUUCAUCUCGGCUUUCGGAUGA